ACAGAGUCAUGGCGGCGGCCGCUGCAGCCAGGUCGAGCAUGGGGCUGACUUUGAGGCUCUCCAGAGUUAUCCCGGACUGCCGCUCAUGUCCUCUGUACAGAUUUAAGGGCUGCGUCGGAAACACAACCGGCACUAACCGGAGCGGCUCGUUUGAUAGUCUGCGGACGAUAAGCCGCCAUUUACAGACGAGUAUAUGUCUCUACCAAGCCGAAGAGGGCAGUUCUAACGCUGAAGACCCAGAUGAUGUGGUCAAUGUGGUUUAUAUUGACCGGUCUGGAAAGAGGAUCCCAGUUAAAGCAAAAGUUGGAGACAACGUCCUCUACUUGGCUCACAAACAUGGAAUUGACCUGGAAGGAGCCUGCGAGGCAUCGCUGGCCUGCUCAACCUGCCACGUCUAUGUGAACUCCGACCAUUUCGAUAAACUUCCAGAGCCUGAAGAGAGGGAGGACGACAUGCUCGACAUGGCGCCCAUGCUUCAGGAGAACUCACGUCUGGGAUGUCAGAUCGUUCUCACUCCAGAACUUGACGGCAUUGAGCUCACCCUGCCUAAGGUCACCAGGAACUUCUAUGUAGACGGCCAUGUUCCCAAACCUCAUUGAACAGAGAAAGGAAGAAUAAGGAAGAGUGGGGGCUGGAGAAAGAACUGGGAGGGUGUUACUGUGUGACAGACACUGUGUGCUGGUUGAAUUAUGGUGUGGUGACUUAAGAGAAACAACAGGUAGGAUAGCAUUAUCCUUAGCAGCUCCCAGGACAACUUACAGGCCUUUCCCACUGUUUAACCAACGUGAGGACAGAUUUUAGAUCAUAAAGCACUACAAGUCUGGUAAAUUCUCAAGGGUUACAUGCAGAAACAACUGUGGCGGUUCAACUGAUGUAUUUAUUUAAGUGGAGUGUUCUCUGGCCAUUUUAAAGACACCAUUCGACCUCACAGACUGCUCUAGGAUCAGUUUAAGAUGCCCACUGAUAAGCAGAGUCAGUACCUGUGCUGGUGAGUGGCACAUUCCUCGUUACAGCUUAUAUACGCACAAUAAUCACAAAGUGAUCAUGGUUUCGACCAGUCCGUUCUGAUCUUAAUAUCUCACAUUCUACUAUGCAUUGGAUUUCUUUUUAUGCAUCAUAGUCAUUUUUUACAAAAUUAGCCAUAGCUAAUAGAUGUGUUAAGGUUUUCCUGCUGACAGAAAAGCCAUAUGAGUGUACUCUACGUUUGAAUGCCAGAAGGAUGCCGAUACUUAGUGCUUAUUUGUUUAAACAUUUCAAAACAUGCAGGUGCGUUGGAUUUGAGUCAAAAUCUAAAUGAGUAUUUCUUUGGUGGUUCUUAAGGAUUCAUUGAUUAAGGAAGUUCAGGUGUGCUUACAUUGUGGUUCAUAUGAGUUUACUCAAAUCUACUGUACUUGUCCAACAUACGCACAAUGUGUUUUAUUUUUGUUUUGUUUUUUUGCCAAAAACAAUUCAGGUUGUGCAAUAAAAACACGCUCAAAACUGA